AUGCUGUCGUCUGCGGUCCAGAUCCUCGCCUUCGCCCUGGCGCUCCUGGGCGUCCUUGGAGCCACAGUGGCCACACUGCUGCCCAACUGGAAGGUGAGCGCAGAUGUGGGCGCCAACAUCAUGAGCGCCUUCUCCCAGAUGCAGGGGCUGUGGAUGGACUGCACCUGGUACAGCACCGGCGUCUUCAGCUGCACGCUCAAGUACUCAGUGCUGGCACUGCCCGCCUAUCUGCAGACGGCACGGACCGCCAUGGUGCUGUCCUGCAUGAUGGCAUCUCUGGGUCUUUGUCUGGCCAGCCUGGGGCUCAAAUGCACCCGCUGGGGGGGCAGUCAUCGUGCAAAGGGACACACCGCCAUCGCUGCAGGGGGAUGCUUCGUCCUGGCCGCCAUCCUCUGCCUGGUGCCCGCCUCCUGGUUCACCAAAGAGGUCAUCACCACUUUCUUGGACGCCAACGUGCCAGAGAGCAGCAAAUACGAACCGGGGGGCGCAGUGUACGUGACGUUCAUCUCCGCUGGGUUUCUCCUUGCCGGGGGAGUCAUCUUUUGUCUGUCGUGUCCCGGGAAAAGAGCAGGAGCACUGGACUCCUCCUCCUCCUCCGUGCACCCUGAUAAACUCCCGCAGCCGCAGUGUCGGGAGCAGCUGGACCAGGAUCAGCGGGAGCAGGAGCGGCGGCAGGAGGAGCGCCUGGAGCAGGAGGACAGCGAGGAGACCGGCCAGGACAAAAUGAACCAGCCAGAGAAGCGCUCUCAGGACAGUGCCUACCAGGGAAAGGAGCAGCAGUACUACUCUCCGUCUAAACUCCCUCCCAAAGACAUCAAGGCUGGGUACAGCCUGAGGCACUACGUCUAA